UCCCCAGAAAGAUUCUUUUAUACCUUUUUUUAAAGAUAAAUUGUAAGUUGUGGGUAAAUAGAAAUCAAACCAAGAAUCUAUAAUUUGUAUAAAAAAAAUAAAAAAAAUCUAUAACCUAAGUGUUUUAGUGAAAGAAAUAUUCGAAAAAAAUUCCCCAAGAAUCUAGCCUCAUCAAAAGCAAAAAAGGCGUUCAAUAACUUGCUUUGUGAUAGACCGAGAGCAAAAUCUGAUAUCCGCACAGCCUCGGUCGGCACCCACCAUUGAGGCUCAGGAGGGAGUGGGGACACACGAACGCUUCAGUCGCCGUGUUUUUAGACAAAUCUUGGUCGCCAAAUCUUUCAAAAUUCCGUUCCUACGCCGGAAAAAGGUUAUUGAGGUGGUGAUGAGGGAGAAGAAAGGCGGAGCGCUCAGCAAGGUACAGAAGCUCAAGAGACGCAUAUCGCACAGCUUCGGCAAGUUAGGCCUCCGCAGAAAGAGAGCGAUUACGAAGCAUGAGGACUACAGGCGAGAAUACAGAAUGCCGGCCAUUUCGAAAAGCGAGGAUUUCGAGAACGGCUUCAGAAUGUCGGCCGUGUCCAAAAACGAGGACGACGAGGACCUUUCCGUGUCGGGCCUCAAGCUGAACGGCUUCUCGGACGAGUACCUGGACAGAAUAGAGCCGAACGGCAACAUCCCCGACAAGGACUGCGGGGGCUUUGAGCGGUGGGAACGGCUGGUCGACCACAGGGAAUCGCUCUCCAGACAACUGUCUGUGUCUUCGGACUCCAAACUCCUCGACGAAGACAUCCGAGAGGAACAGAAGGUCAUCAUGAGACCCAAGAAACCACCACGACCCAAAUCUGAAGUCUAUUUAUGCAAAGACACAAGAAAGUCAAAAAGAUACUCGGCUUUUGGCGGAGAUUCCCCGUUCGGACGCACGGAAGCCUACAUGAAAUUAGACCAACUCGGGGAAGGAUCCUACGCCACUGUUUAUAAAGGAUAUAGCAACCUGACGAACCAGGUGGUGGCGCUGAAGGAGAUCCGGCUUCAGGAGGAAGAGGGGGCGCCCUUCACCGCCAUCAGAGAGGCUUCGCUCCUGAAACAGCUCAAACACGCCAACAUAGUCACGCUGCACGACAUCAUCCACACGCGGGAGACCCUCACCUUCGUCUUCGAGUAUGUGCACACGGACCUGUCGCAGUACCUGGAGAAGCACGGGGGCGGCCUGCACCCUCGGAACGUCAAGCUGUUCCUGUUCCAGCUCCUGCGCGGCCUCUCCUACUGCCACCGCCGGAGGAUCCUGCACAGAGACAUCAAACCCCAGAACCUCCUCAUUUCGGAAGUUGGCGAACUCAAGAUCGCGGACUUCGGCCUCGCCCGCGCCAAGUCCGUACCGUCGCACACGUACUCGCACGAGGUGGUGACGCUGUGGUACCGGCCUCCCGACGUCCUGCUGGGCUCCACGGAUUACUCCACCUCCCUGGACAUGUGGGGCGUCGGCUGCAUCUUCACCGAGAUGAUCACGGGCGUGCCGGCAUUCCCAGGCGUCAGGGACAUUCAGGACCAACUCGAUAAAAUAUUCAAGGUGGUGGGCACGCCGACGGAGGACACGUGGGCGGGGGUGACGUCCUUGCCCAACUACAAGCCGCAUCGCCUCGUGCUGUACCGGCCGCGCAGACUCGCCUCGCUCUUCCCGAGACUCAAUGACAUUCCCCAUGCUGAGUCGCUCGCCAUGCAGUUCCUACAGAUUCAGCCAAACAAGAGGAUAUCCUCCGAAUCAGCUCUCAGACACAGCUACUUCGCGGACCUUCCUCCUUGCAUAUAUGAUUUAGACCCAGAGCAAUCAAUAUUCUCCGUGGGGGGCGUACGCGUGGCCCAGGAACUACGGAACUACCCCACGUCGGUGAUCCAGGCGGCUAGGGAGAUCAGGAAAUUGGUCUAGUGCCAGAAGGGGUCCUAAUUUACCUUUAACAAAUUAGGUCCUACAAGGAUAUAAGCAAUGGAAAACCAACCCCGAGAAUGAAUAAGCACCGAUGUGCGUCAUCACCUUCCUCCUAUUCCUCCUUUUAUCUUUUUUUUCUUAUUCUUAUUCUUCCUCUUCCUCUUCUCCUCUUACUGCUUCUGUUACUACUACUACUACUACUACUACUACUACUACUACCACUACUACUUCUUCUCUUCUUCUUCUUCCUUUUCCUCAAACACUGCGCAAGUAACUUCACUGACAUGGUGGGAGUCCUUGCUGUUGAUUCCUUCUUAUGGAGGACAGUCGCAUACGAACAUCUCUAAUUCUGGGACAAGAUAGAAGUUCAUUGAUAAAGAAAGGAGAAAAGAAUAUUGAAAAAUAGAUAAAAGUAUAUUUACGAAAAGAUGUUCCUCUGUUAUCUUUUUUCUUUCGAUGUGACUUUUUUUGAGACUUUGGGAACAUGAAUGAAGACGAAAUUGUUGUUUGAGGAUUUUUAUAUAGUUUUUAUUUUUUUAUUUCAUCAUUUUUUUCUUCUCGGAAAUGAGUUGAUUCCAGCGAGUUUUGACGGGUCUCCUAACUGGCGGCUUGAGCUCGCUUGGCUGCGGGUUGUAAUCACAUUAGUUAUGUAUAAUGCUUUUCUUGAUAUGGCCAGCUGUCCGAAAAAUAGAAACACGAAAAAUUCAUUAGAUGGCUAUCCUAGAGUGAUACUUAGAAUCAGAGUAUAUACAAAAAUGAACAAAAAAUAUAUAUCGUAGAAAAAAAAAAAAUGAAAAGG